AUGGCGCGCAAGCACAAAAAGAGGAGGACGCACGUGGAGGAGGACACGCAGGAGAAGACUGGAGGAGAAAAAGUCCCAAAGUCGUUUGUGAUCAGGAGGGGAAAGGUCCCUGCCCUUGUCCGGGAGCUGAUCAAAGACACGAGGAGGAUGAUGUCGCCGUACUGCGCGUUGAAGUUGAAGGAGCGCAAGUCGAACAAUCUCAAGGACUACGUCGCUCUUUCCGGCACCCUUGGGGUCUCGCACAUGCUCUGCUUCUCCACCACAGAGCUGGGGACUUACCUCCGGCUCGCCAAGAUGCCUAGGGGUCCUACCCUCUACUUCAAGGUGGAGGAGUACUCGCUGUCCAAGGACAUCGCAGCGUCUCAGCGUCGGCCGCACUCACCGGGGACUGAGUACCUUGUCUCCCCGCUCAUCGUCCUCAACAACAUGCAG